UCAGAUACAGGAAAAUAUUCAGUAGUAGUCGUGAAGGUGUGGUGUUUAGCAUGUUGUCCCCUUGUCCUGCUCGUGUCCUGCUGGCCCUACACCCACUCAUGCUGCUCCUCCUCCUGCUGGGGGCGCGGCCGGGGAACAGCGCCCUCCACCGCUGGGGAGCACGAGUGGGGAAGGAGGAGCCCUUCUGUUACCCCUUCAACUAUACGUGUGGCCCCAUCACCCCCGCGCCCCCCACGCUCUACGAGGCCCACCUGGAGCAAACUGACCUCCUCUUCAACAUCACGCAGUACAUCGAGGAGUUCUACGACUACGAGGCCGGCGUGCUGGCCGUCACCCACACCGUUCAGAACGUCUACACCCACAUCAUCAACUUCUACCACAUAAACAAGGCGGUGAUAAUGUGGACGGAACGAGGUAUAGAGGAAGGGAUCCGGCCGACUACCUGUACAGUGGCGGACAUCACUCACAACACCUGGUCCGACACCUUCCCGGGUCAGACCAACGCCACGGACCUGGUGCUCGCCCCCUCCCAGGCACUGCUCUUCGGCGACGAUUACAAGUACUCGUGGGUGGAGAACAACACGCAGCGCGGGAUAAUCUGCAAUAGGUGGGACGCGUGCUUCACGAGGGACGAGGGCACCUUCUACGUGGAGUACGAGUGGUCAGAUCCUGCACGCGUGUCUGAGGGCCCUGGGUACCCGAGGGAGCGUCCCAUCAGAAUGCAUAUGAAUGGCCUCGUCAAGCCGUUCCAAGGCUCCUACGAGUCUUUCCCCGUCGACUACGUCUACAGCUUCGGCCUCUUCGACGAGAACCCGCGGUCGGAGAACGUCAGAUGGGCCUAUGAGAUCCCCAGCGGCGUGUACUGCGAGGGGCUACCGGCGGGGAAGGAUCCACCCAAAGCCCUGACCAAUGCGUUCUCCAUGAGGGUCGAGGUGACGGGGUACAGCUCGAAUAGCCACAACCAGGAGUACACGUCAACAGUGCUGAACUGGUACGACUUCUCCCACCAGCUGACGCGCUACGACUCCAUCGCCUACCCCGGCACGGUGGAGUACGAGGCGGCCGGCCUUGUGGAGGUGGCCGUCAUUAGGGACUUCAGAUCAGGGGUGGAGUACGUGGUGGACAAGAGCCUGGGUAACUGCACCACGCUGGAGCUGACGGGCGGCUUCGACACCAUCACGACGCCAGACGGCCACCACAGCAUCAAGAACCCGCUGCUGCUCUUCGGCCUGGAGGGAACCAACCUAGUCUACCACGGCACGAAGUACGCCCGCGGAUUGCCUUGCGACGUGUGGGUUGGUCACUUCGACUUCGAGGAGGAGAACAACACCAUCCACAACGCCUAUCUCUACGAAGUCUACAUCCUACAGGACGGGUGGACGGAGGAUGCGGGGGAGGCGGAUCAGCACCUGCCCGUCCCUGUGCUCAUCAAAGUGUUCCAAGACAUAUCCGUGGGCGAGCUACCCGAGGAACUGAUUGUGAACCUGCAGCAAAACAUCUUCAAGUUCCAGGAGGAGGUGCCCCUGAUGACCGUGUACGACAUCACGCCCUGCUUCACCGGCCACGACCACAUCAGGAGGUUCCAGAUGGCCUUCCCGGGCCAGUACAGGCACUACUACGACGACGACCCCCAAAAGUUUACGCACUCGGUGCACAACAGCCUCGUCGACUACCUCCCGCUCUCCCCCAUCAGGGUACAACACCUGGAGAUCGAGUACUUGGAGUCCGAUGAUCGUCUCUACUGUGAGUUCACGUUGGUGGACCAGCCGCAGGUGGACAUGGAGUUCCCGCCGUACGUAGGGAAGCCCCUCGACCAGGUGGUGCAGACGCUCGAGGACCAGAUGGACUACUUCUCCAUUGUCAUCCUCGACAGUAAUGGGAACCUUGUGUGGAUGAAGCCCUACAACGACAGCCUCAGGGAGAUGUUCGAGGACGGCUGCUACUCGAGACGUGAACCUCGCCAGCCCCUGCCCCCCCGCCCCAACUCUGACGACCCCCGAACUGCCACCCAGCCUAACCCAUCCCCCACUUGGUACUCGAGUGGGGGUGAUGGGGAAGAUGGGGGCUCAGUGGACUUUGCGAUUUUGGCCGCGAUGCAGAAGGGGUUUCGAAGUAGUGAUGAGAAAAUAUACACGCCAGGUGCCAUGGCGGGCAUGGCGGUGGGCAUGCUGGUGUUGGGCCUCCUACUGGGCACGGUCAUCAUGCUGGUUAUCCUCAAAAAGAUGGGACUCACCACCGGCAUAGAAUUCAUCCCCAUGAACUCAAGGCGGCGGUGAUCAGGACCACCUGGAAGAUGAACGCUGUGCCUGGGAGUGGAGUGUCUGAGCAGCAGUGUUUUUUGUGUCCCUCGUCAGCAGUGUUUUUUGAUGUGUCGCUACUCAGCAGUCUCUCUCUUACAUUAAAUGUACACUCAUUACUUAUUUUAUAAUUGUGUUCCUCACAGGUUUUGUUUGUGGUGAAUCCAUAAAAAGUAAUGAUUCUUAAUUUACUGCACAUCAGAAUGCUGAUUUUCUCAUAAUCUGAGGCUGUAUAAACCUUUGAUUUUAACCCAACAACAUAUUAACACAAGACGGUAGCCACCAUCACACACACACACACACACACACAAGGCUGGAUAAAUGUAGAUAUGGAGACGGGACUAUUAGAGCUUAGCUCGGGCCCGGUAGACUACAAAUAGGUAAAUACACACACACACAUACACACAAGUGGAAUGGAAGUGUUGGACAGAAAUUAUGUAAUCGAGCUGGAAGGGAGGAGGCAACUAAGAGGACACAGUAAAAAUUUGAGAAAGGGGACUUGUUUGAGAGACCUAAAGAAGUUCAGUUUUUCAUACAGGAGUGUGGGUACAUGGAAUGGACUUGGCAAAGACAUUCUUAAAGUGGGCAAUGUCCAUAAAAUGAAGGAAAAGUUGGACAAGUAUAGGUUAGGCCAAGUCUACCAAGCCCUAAAACAGCUGCCCAGAGCCAUUAGAAAUUUGAGAUUAGCUCAGCAUACUUUGGACAGUGUUGAGGAAUGGAGAAUCACUUGUCAAUUUUGCCAAGACCUAUCUUAGGCAAAGCACUGUUUGGGUGGGGCAGACCCUCCUCACAACCCUCUUCAGCAUGUCCCCAAAGUUUCUUUUUUUUUUUUUACAGUAAAAGAAACUGCUCAAGGGCAAGAAAAAAAAAGAAAGAAAAAAAAGCCAGCAAAUCACUACUAUGAAAAGUUAAGAGGAGUGGCCAAAAGAGAGGUCAAUUUUGGGAGGAGAGGUGUCCUGAUACCCUACACACUUCCUUACUGUAAGGCUGACUGCUGAAAUUCUUUAGCUCAAAAAUACACAAUCAAAACAAAAUAAAUAUUGAAGACUUCCAUAACUCUACCUUACUUUUCACAUCCAGCUGUACAACAGUUUAGAUGCAACACCAUCAUCGCCCUGAUACUGGCUUUCCUAAAAAUAAGAUAGAUAAUUGUGAUCAUCAAAUAGUUAUCAUCUUAACUGCUGUGUAUCUGCCUGGUUGUUUUCCUGUAUGAUCUACCUAUGCAUUGCUUCUCCUGUACCUCUGAGCUGUAAAUAUUUUCAGAAUAGUCUUAAUAAUCUAAUAAAGCUUAACCCUACACGAAA